GCGGGAACGCGGUCUUGGCGAGGUGCUCGAGCUCGUGGACGCGGACGCUGCGGAGCGAGGAGGGGGUGGGUUCGUCAGUUGGUGUGGGAGGAGGGGAGGAGGGCCGCUCUGCCGGCUGGGGACGCACCCGGUCUCGACUGGGGCGGGCUGGGUGAUCUCGAGGAAGAACUGGACGAUGCGGUCGCGGUCGAGGACGCCGCAGCGACCUUGCUGGAUGUUGACAAUGCGCGCGAGGCGCUCAGUCGGCGAGGGCCACGUCUGGUUCAUGACCAUGUUGGACGGGUGCUGAGCUGAGUGCUCGAGUGAGGAGGAGGAAAGAGAGGGGGUGGCUCGAGGGGCAGGCCGCAACGGCUCGCGACGAGCGCACAGGCCUCGCGCCGCCGAUCUUUCCGCCAGCUCGCUCGGCUGCUCGCCCGCUCUCCUCCCUCUUCCACCUUCGCUCGCGCUUCUCGCUCGCGAUGGCUCCUACCGACCUCUUUGGCGCGCUCAAGAAGCGCUACACGGACGCCAAGUCCACCCCGACCGCUCCCGCCGCCGCGUCGACCUCCUCGCACCCGAUCCCCCUCCCGCCCUCGACGACCUCGUCCAUCCCCUCCUCGCUCGAGUGCGCCCUCACCGACCCGCGCGUCCUCAAGAAGAAGGAGCAGUGGGAGGGCACCAAGGACCUCGGCGGCAAGAGCAGCGCAGAGCGCUCGCGUGCGCACCAGGAGUACGACCUCGCUAUCGUCUUUGCGCUCAUCGAGGCCGGCGCCCCCGAGGCGGCCGAGGAGGCGGGCAGGCUCUUGUCGCGGCAGGGCUCGUUCGGCGGAGGAGCAACCGGAGGCGGCAGCACGAUGAUGAAGCUGCCCGACUUCCAGAAGUUGGUGCAGGCCGCCUUCGGCCCGGACGACGUCGACCUCGCCAUCCUGGCCAUCCUCCACUACCGCGGCGCGAGCGUCUCGCACCCGACCCUCGUUUCCGCAAAGGAGCUCGUGCAGGUGUGCAAGGCGGCAGUCAAGGACAAGACGGACAAGGACCAGCCGCCGGCCAUGCCCAUCGAGUCGUUCUUCGCCCAGUCGCCCCUCUUCUUCACGAUGCACCUGUCCUUCAAGCAGGUGCGGGCCUCGCUCGUCGCCGUCGACGCGACCGAGAAGAGCGUCGCGGUCGACUUUCGCCUCCCGGCGACCAACAUCCCGGUCCUCGAUGCUCCGCUCCUCGACCUGUACCUCGACAACAUCGAUGUCGUCGGCGACAAGCUCGAGGCGAUGGGCCCCGAGUGGCAGGCGGCCAUGGGGAUCGGGACCGGCGCUGUCGAGCCGUCCAGCCUCGACGCCGAGCUCGACGUCCACCGCUCGUCCGAGUUUGCGGCCGGCAUGUCGAUUCUGUGCGCUGCAUCCGCGACCAAGUCGCACCUCGCCGCUCGGCUCGGCAACGGCUUCGAGCUGUUCUCCAAGACGUUCGAGAUCAACUUCCCGAUCCGCAGUACGGCCGACGGCUACGAGGCCCCAGAGCAGCUCAUCGGAGACGUCUCGUCGCACGGCAACACACCGAUCAACGUCAUGUCGAUGAGCAAGGUCGACGAGAAGGUGAUCCGCGACACGUUCGGCGAGCGCGGCCACCUCGCCCACCUCGAGCGCGAGAGCCUCGCCGACGGCCAACACGUGCACGUCUUUGCGGUCGACGACGGCGACGAGACGUACAACCUCACGGUCGUCAACUCGAUGCCCUUCUUUGCCAAGCUCAACCUCGCCCUCGACAUUCCGAAGUACUCGGUCGCCUUCCUGUUCUCGCACCUCGUCUCGACGCCCUCGCGCCCCGGCUACGUCUCGGCCGCCUGGUCGCCGCCGUCGGUCGACGUCGCCCUCGCCGUGCCGAGUGCGUCCCACUUGCGGUGCCGCGCGCUCAAGUGCCGGGCCGAUGUGGCCAUGACGGCCGCCCUGUCGGCGCUCGUGCGCUUCCUCGCCGAGAAGGUCAACGCGGCGGGCAGGGCCAAGGGCAAGGGCAAGGCCAAGGGCAAGGGCAAGGCCAAGGUCGAGGCGAUCGAGGCGCAGCCGCAGAGCAAGGAGGACGCCGAGUGGAACUCGUGCCUCAAGACCGACUCGCGCUCCUUCGCCAUCGCCUUUUGGUGCGAGAUGUACGGCGUCGACGAGGUCGAGCGCCUCGGGUACAGCAGGAAGGAGAUCCUCGACGCGCGCAAGACGGCCAUCCUCGCGCUCCCGACCCUCGUCGCCAUCCGCGAGGAGCGCGAGCAGCGCCGCGGCUCCAAGUCGGGCUCGAACGGCGCGGCGACCUCGACGCCGCACCCGCAGCAGCAGCAGGGCAGCACGCCCGACGGCGUCAAGCAGGACGAGGCGGCCGAGACGCAGCCGCAUGCGCAGCCGCACACGGGCGUCCACUCGUCGUCGUCGUCGUCGCGCGCGCUCGAGCCCGCCGUCGCGCCCCAGUCGACCUCGGCCGCGCAACCGGCCAAGAGCAAGGGCAAGGGCAAGAAGCGCGAGGUCAUCGUCCUGAGCUCGGACGACUCGAGUGCGUCGGACGGCGAGGCGCCCCUGUACGCGUCGUCCUCGCGCAUCGGCGGCGGCGGCUCGACCUCGGCAUCGGCGUCGACGUCCUCGGGCAAGCGCCGCAAGGCGUCGCUCACGCUCAAGGACGUCGUCGUCAACCGCAUCAUGGACAUCUUCUCGCGCCUCGCCCUCGACGACGUCGUCGCCGCCGCCGAGACCGUCCUCGCGACGUACGAGCUCGACGGCGACACGCUCGCCGAGGAGUCGACAGACGCUGUCACCAUGAUCGUCACGGCCACGGUCGGUGCGCUCGGGUACGCCGACUAGCGCCGCCUCCCCUCGCCCUCCUUGCCUCUUUCCCUCCUCUUGCUUCACUCGCCCGCACCGAUCCCCUCGUCGAGACUCGUCCCGCCUCUUUGCCCGCCUCGCCCUAGUCCCCGCACAGUGCCAUAACCCCGACUCGCGCGUCGCCGGCGAUCGUCUCUCUUUCGUAGCUCUGGCAGCACCGAGUGAGAUUAUACGGCGCCAUUUUCGCGA